CACCCGGUUCCCUCGAUGACCUCAAACGUUGCAACGAUGUACGCUUCGCUGUUCUUGAUUGCCUUUGGUUCGCCGAUAUUCUGUGCAGUUUCCACAUAUGCCGAUUACGAAAAAAGAAUCGUCUCGGAGUCAGCGAGAUUCCCGGGACCGGCAGAAUCCAGGAUUAUUGGAGGGGAGAAGGUCGCCAUAGAGGAAUAUCCAUUUGCGGUCUCGUUGCAGAACAAUGGUACGUUUUUCGGUCACCAAGUUGAGCAUUUCUGCGGCGGCGGUAUCGUCGGGGAAAAGUGGAUAAUAACGUCGGCGCAGUGCGCUCUCAGGGUAGAAGUGAAGGCAUUUCACGUGAGAGCGGGCACGUCGCGUUAUUACGAGGGUGGUGACAUUUAUGGUGUCCAAAGCGUCGUGAUACAUCCCGCUUUUAACGCAAUUAAUUACGACUACGACGUUGGUCUCGUUGAGCUGUCCGACAGUAUAACUUACGAUAGCACGAAGCAGCCCAUUAAAUUGCCCAAAACACAUUCGAUGAUCGACGACGAUUCGCUGGUUAAAGUUCUCGGUUGGGGUAUAUUCGAGUUAUUCGGUCCGGUCUCGGACGUACUUUUGCAUAGUACGAUGCGGAAAAUUAAUAACCAGGACUGUGAGGAAGCUAGUGGUGGUGACUUAUUAACCAACAGGAUGUUUUGUGCCUUAUCGGACACUGCUAGACCCUGCGUUGGGGAUUCUGGCUCGCCUCUCAUUUUUCAGGGCACAUUAUUCGGGGUGGUAUCCUGGAGUCGAUCAUGCGACAGGCAGUAUCCAACUGCUUUUACAGCUAUAGCAGAACUGAAAGAUUGGAUCACCGACAUAACCAGUAUAUCUUGAUUUCCCGUGUAUUCGAGAUCGUAACGCGAUGUAGGAUAUAUUACGACUCACUUGUAAUAUUUGCUGCAUUGUAAUGCAGCUUCCUUUGUGAUAUUCUGAAAGAAUUUCAAGUUCCCGUAGAUUUUAUAGUAGAACAGUCUUCUUCGAAACGUCUUGAAUUUGAAACGCAUUUUAAAAUAAUGGAGAAUAUGUGAAUUAAUUUUUCAGGAGAGGUAAAUGUAUGGUAUCAUCGAUGAGUAAUAUCACUGUAUAAAAUAUGUAUUGUAAAAUAAAAUAUGUAUAUAUCCUGUAUAUAUAAUUGCACGAUAUACGUGACGAUUUUCUCUGUUUUCCGCUUUUCUCGUGCGAGAGUAUGAAAAGAAUUUUACUCGAAGCUUGGCUGCAAACGCUUUAUUAGAAAGUCAUAAGCAAAUAUUGAACGUAGCAUGCAAUGGAUAUUGCAACAAAGUAACGGAUUCUGUAUUGCAAAAUAUUUAGAAAGUUGAUAGAUGACUCAGUCGGAUGUUGAUAUUCUGCAAAAAUUUUCGAGAAAUCCAAGAUGCGAUAAAUUCUAUAUUAUCGAUGUCUAAUCCCUAUCAACAGUGGCAUCGCAAAAAUAUGUCAUUUUUAUACGAGAAAUUAAGUAUAUUAGGUAUCAGUUGUGUCAAAUUGUUUGAAGAUACGAGAUAUU